AUGAGCGGGAAAAAUCAAUGCUCCUACUGCUAUCGUUCAUUCGCUCGAUCAGAACAUCUUUCCAGACACGAGCGAUCCCAUCGCAACGAGCGCCCAUACAGAUGUCCCUCCUGCAGUGGGACUUUCACUCGGAAAGACGUCUUCAAAAGACACCACACGCGGCACCACGGUCAACCAGUGCAAGCUUCCCCGCAACAGCAACAACACGCCCCAGGGCCGUCCAAUGUAGACCCGCCGAUCUCGUUACAGGCUGGAUUAACGCCCACGUCCAGCCACGGGGCCGUAUCGGUGACAACGCGGGACGGGAUGGAAUCCUCAAGCGCUACUGGCUUCGACCAAGCAGACCUGUUACUGAUGAAUAGCUCGAUCAUGGACUCUUUGGUCUCGGUCCUUGACUAUCCAGCAGUCCCCAGAUCUGACCUCUUUAGCAAUCUGACAGGGCAGGCGCACCAACAUGCGCUGGCCGGUGCCUCUCGCGGAGAAAGUGGGCCUGCCGCAGCCGGGGCACCGCAGGUGGGGGAGUCACCAGGAUGGAAAGGUUCCUUUGCCAUCUCAGAGCAGAAACGGGGUCAACUAGCGGCCGAGGUUGAUCCGACCGAGGAGUUCAAUGUCUUGGCGUUUCCAAGUCGCUUGACGUGGGAGAGGUUACUGAACACCUUCGCUGAGUGCUUCCUCAUAUACAUCCCAUGCAUCCAUACGCCCACUUGGAAAGCGGACCUGGCGCCUCCUUGUACGAUCUUUGCCAUGGCAUCGAUUGGCGCUAGUUAUCACGACGACAACACGACCGCCACAUGGCUGCAUCGCCUUGCCACAGCAUGUCUAAAGAAAUAUGUACGCAAGCCAACCAAGCCCCCUUAUAUGAAAGCGUGCAUCCUGACUCGCUGA